UGUGAGACUGGCUGGCUUGUGCCAAUGUGCUAGAGGCUCAGGAGUAGGUUAUCUUGCCGACAGAGCCAACUGAAGUGGUCCAAGACCCAAAACACAUGAUUAAAGUUUAGGCAAUGUAGAUAACCAGGGGUCCAAAACCAGUGCUCACUAAGUUAUGCUCUGCUGUUUAUCAGUACAGGUAUGCCAAAUAGGACAUCUGCUGCCUGCAGGGAGUUAGAGCAGGACUGGAGGAGGAGCAGAGACAUAGGGACAGACACUGCCUUAGCUUAUUUGAGAGUGAUGGGGAAAGGAAUGAUGUGUUGCAAACACAUGAUGAGAGUAAGACACAAGGCUAGGCUUUUGUGAUGAGUGUGAUUAAGUGCCAUUAUCCUUUCUUUUUUUUAAUCCUCUUUUCUUCUCCCUGUAUUUUGAACAACCAAGACAAAAGCAGAACCAAUAAAAACAAGAAAUGUCAUCUGUGAGGUCCCUGUUAUCCCAAGAGCACUCACAUAAAGAAUGAAUUAGGCCUCUGGAGUUCACAGGAAAUAAUAUAAAAGGCAUAACUAUAAACUGAGAAAAUAAGUGAAGUUGUUUUUUUUUUUUUUUGAAAGAAUGAGAUGUGAAUCACUGAGGUCAACAGCUUCAAGACAUGUUUAACUAGAUGUCUGCAUAAUCACCAAAGUAUUUCUGUCAGCUUCAUUAUUACAUAAAUAUGGAUCUGGUUUUAUCUUUAAUUUGAACUCCUCAAACAGGACAUCUGAGUUAUCUGAUGGGCAGUAUAUUUGAUGUACUGUCACCAAAAUAAAGAAAAUCCUUGGCCUUUUUUUGUUACACCCUGAAAAGACAUACCAGUCAAACUGGAAGUUCCCCUCUGAGAUUAAUUCUAAAAUUUAUUCCUGUUAGUAAGGAUGUCUUAUGAAAUACUUUUUUCAGAAGGGAUUUGGAGAAGAAGUGGUGUUUUGGUGAAUCAUCUGAGGAAGUCAUUCCUUUGUGAGGACACAUGGAAGUGGGAGAAGGAAAUGAGCAGAAGAUGUUGACCCAAGGAUCACUGCCAGGACUGAGAAAGGGGAGGUUAUUUGUGCAUCAUCCUGCUUUGGACUCAGAUGUGCUGCAUCUGGUAAUGGGAUAAACUGGCAGUAUCAGCACAGAUCAGCAUUAAGUGAGGGAAAUUAAAUUAAGUGAACACAUACACACAGAGGCCUGGAGAAAUUGCAGAACAAUCUUCAGAUUUUUUUUUUAGUAUUUUCAGAGAAUAACAGAAUACUUAAGGUUGGAAAAGACCUCUAAGAUCAUUGAGUCCAAUUGUUAACAAGAUUUUGUUCUUUCCUAUUCUGUGUGUUAAUUAUUACUACCCUUAUUAUAUUCCUUACUUGCAACCAUGUACUACACUGCUGAAUCAGGAUCACAAUGGCUUUAAAAAUGUGUGACUAAAAAAAAAAAUUCAGAAAAAAAAAUAUGUAAAGCUCAGCGGAGGGAAAUACGGGAGAGUCCCGUCUGAAGUAGAGGAACUAUUUAUUUUAUGAUGUGCCUGCAAACUACCUCAUUCUCACAGGCACGUGGAAAGAAGAAGCUAAUGUUAAAGGGCAGACUGAGGAACAAGUGAAAAAAUAAACUAUGGUACAUGUCACAAGAGGUUGUCAGUGCAGCCUUCUGACUAGUUAGCUCACAGAGGCAGCGCGGUCUUUUGAUGCUUCCUCUCCCUCUUUAAUCAGUCCCUUUAGAACAAGUAGAUCUUAGCUUCAAAGGCAGCAGGGCUUGUCAAAGAAGAAAGCUGCCCACUCCUCAAACCAUGGAUGGCAGCUUUAUGUCCCACAGUGGUGGUUCCCGUGGGAAACUGCACAGCACUGGCAGGGUGGGUGUGAUUACACAGCACCUCCUGUGCUCAGAUGUCUUUGAAGGGCUUAUGGGAUCUCCUUGUAUUAAUAUCGAUCCUCUCCAUUUGACAGGAUUUCCAAAGACAGGAAAAGAUACUCUCUAAAGCAUACUUCUUAGCUUGAUCCCUCACUGUAAAGUCUAGAUGAAUCCACAGGCUUGCUGCAUUUGAAUUGGUUUUGUCUAGUUCUUUAGAUAAUAAGGUUUUCUUAAUUAAAGUGAUUGACAUAUUUUCCUAAUAAAUGCCUGUAAUUUUUUUUUUUCUAUUCUACCUACAAGACUUUUCCCAGAACUUACCUGCAGUAAAGUGAGUAGAGAGUUUUGUAUAGGAAAGCUAAGAAAGCUGCAAUGUUUAGUUUGUCCACAAAACACUUUGUUAGAGAACAUCAUUAAUAAUGACAUUUGUUGACUGGGGAGAGAGAAGGUUAGGUGAAUUUCAGUAUGUUCCAAAUCCAAUUUAUUGAUUCUGCAGCCUGUCAUUUCUGGAAAAGUUCCCCUCCUCCCCCCCAAAAAAAAUCCUUAAAGCAGCACAUCUUGUUUCUUUGUUUUAACUCCAAUUUUCCAAUUUCACACGACUGCAAUUUAAAUGUGAACAUCACUGAUAUUUCAACAAAAAAUUGUCGUUUGUUAUACUUUUCUUCUGAUAUAUUACAGAAAUUGUAUAUCUCAGUGUACAUACUUCCCAGUUGGUGACUCUCCUGGAUUUCCAUCGUGCUUCAGCAACUACUUGCAAGUGCUGCAAUCCUAUUUGCAGUCUGAACUAUAAGCCUGUGAAUCACCUCUGAUGUAUGACUUAUAGGCUUAUUUUCACAGUGUUUUAGAGACCAGCUAUGCCAAUCUAAGAAGUUUUCCAGAAUGCAAAGCAGAUCAUGAGUGGUGUGUCUGAUAACACGUCCAUGAACAAUGUGUUCACAGAUGCUUCUCUGGUCUUCAACAAAAUAUGUGUCAAACAGCAGUAUUAGAAUCUGACACUAUUCUUGUUAAAGCCAUAUUUCCAUGAGCUUUGAGUUCAGUUAGAGCUGACUCAGGCAGGAUAGGUGAACUUGGUAAAUCAUGAAGUCAGAAAAAAGGAGGGAUGGAAUUAAUCCCAAGAGACCAUCCUCCAAUCCAUGUCUGCACUGAGGCAGGAUAAGAAAUCUUGGACUAAUCCUGGCAGACAUCAGUGUAAUACACUGAUAAUGAUUCCAGUGAAGGAAAUUCCACAAUAUGCUUAUGUACAAUAUUUUAAUAUUUCAGUACCCUUCCUGUUACAAAGAGUUUUUAUCACAUAAACCAAGAAUUUUGGAUAAAUACUUACCAGAUUCCCUUUUUUUUUUCUUUCUAAACAGAUACAGCAAAGUUGCUCAACACCCUCUACUUCAAAAAUAUAUAGAUUUUAUAUCUGUAUCAUGUAUGGAAAUACACUUCCACAUUAAAGCUAAGCCAAUCUGAAUGUCAGCUGCUGCCAAAAUGAACCACCCUAUAUUUUUCCCUAUUUUUUCCCAUCCCUUAUGAGACUGUGAUGAGCCAGAUCAGAGGAUAAAGUGAGAAGCAUUCAAAUAAAUAAUACAAUUAGUUUUCUGCUGAUUUAGUUCAUUGGACCAAGCCCUAGGGAGAGCAUCAGACAAGCACCAGUGGUUGGACUGGCUUAGCUGUGAUUUAAAGUAACUUCUCUUUUCUAGGCUAAAUAAACCUCCUUGCACCUCUUUCACUGGCCAUGCUUUCUAAGCUUGUUGUUGUUCUUAGGAUCCCCUGAAUCCUCUCCAGUUUUUCUGUAUCUUUUUCAUAUAUGUUAUAUUUAAUAUGUUUCUGUAUCCAAAGAAUGUUAAAAUGUAUGAUUCUGUUAUGAGUGAACAUUCCAACAGAAGAGUAAAAAAGAUUAGUUGUUGCUCAUAUGCUCUUCUGCCUGUUUUUCCAUGCCUAAUUUGUGUGUGCCGUUUCUGUGACUUUGCCUACCUAUGUAAUAAUUAUGCUUACAAGGUGGAUGGAUAAACACAAGUGUGUCACUCUGUACUGAGCUUUUGCAGUUUAAGGAAGGUCAUCCCAAGCUGCACCCUUCCCUGCCUGGUCACUGCUCAUGUGGCCAUCUCAUCAUGUUUAAUUUUAACUUAAGACAUCAUCUAAAUUUCAGAAGAACCUCAGACAAGAGUUUCUUUAGGUGGAGAAGAUAACUUCUCUUAAGUUUCCUUCAGUUUUUCCCUGUGCAUACACUGACCUACAUUGAGAGUAGGCACAUGACAGAUUCUCAGUCAGUCUUUCAUGUAAUUGGAACUCUUUGGGGGUUAAUGGCUUCAUACAACUAUAAUUUCAUGGCACUCUAAAGGAAUAAGAUGUUAAGAUUUGCUGUAUUCUGUCUUUUAUAUAUUUAUAAAUAAUUUAUAUUUCCCAGUAUGGAUUAAUUCCUGAUUUAUAUUCAUAUAUUUCUCUCCACACAUGAUCUAGAGUCUUGAAGCAUUUGUUUUUUGCUUUUAAAGCCAUCACCACCUGAAACCCUGUAGUGAACUGAAAAUUUAAGUUUUUACUAUAGUAGUUUCUCACUCUUAUCAUUGUAAAAACGUGGAAAAUGGGAAGCCCGAGGAUACAGAAACAGCUAAGCUAAAGCAAUAAAAGUCCCAAAUAUAUGCAGUCUUUUAAAUCCCAUCAAUUGUUAACAAGUGUGAGUUGGUGCUAGGGUGCCUGCUGUGGAUGAAACCCAUGCUGUAGAGAAGAGUGCACCAAUGAUGGCUCUAUCAUUGACUUGUAUCCCACCACAGACUGCAGUAACCUGUGUAUUGCUCUGUGUAAACAGAUCCUGUCGGAGACAGCUUGUUCAAAAACAUUCAGAAAUGCCUGAUCUGAAAGUAAGGAUUGCUGGGCUUUCUGGUUCUUCCUGUGAAAGCUCUCAUGGGGGUCUCAGAGUACAGGAACAAGAGAAGCCUAUGGACAGGCUCUGGAUACUCAGAGACAAUGUGGAUGAUGGGGACCUUUGGGCCAGGUCUCUCCACUACUGGCUUCUUUGUGGUGUAAUUACAUGGAGGAAGGAACCCCACCCACCUUUGUAUGCUGCCUACCCUCCUGUGAGAACCUAGUGAGAUUUUGAAGCCCAUCUUUCCAUGUCUUUACAGGAAUUUCUCAGGGACUGACUGCACUUUGACUCAGACCAGAAGCAGAUUCUCCAAUUCAGCUUCCUCCCUCAAUAUUGCACUUUUUUUCUGGAAUGUGCAUGCAGCUCCAGGUCCUCUGCCAGAAGCACCCACCCUAAUGGAGAUUAUUCAGGCUGAUGGCUACUGGGAGAGGAGAAAGCUCACUGCUUUCCAAGUGCCACUCCAACAUCCAACACUAAUGCCAGCCCCAUCGUGUUCUCAUUCCAGCAAGCACCACACACAGUGUGACCAAAGAUCACCAUUUUCCAGCAUCAGUGUGGCAUCCAUGCUUAGGAAAUAAACUGGAGUGGACUUUUUUUAUAAAGUUCUGGAAAAUUGGCACCCUGCACUCUUUUCAGGCGAGAUGUUCUCCUAGCUGACCUGUGAGAAUACAAGAGGAAGGAAGGGUGGCCAUAGACCUACCAGUAUUAGUCACUUGGAGUCGGUGAGCAAGCUCACCCCACGUCUGACUUUAUCUGGAAGCAGCAUCACAUUAAAUCAUACUGCAUUCCAUACAAUAGCUACGAAUAGAUACUUUCAUCCCUUCCUUAGCCAUGGUUUCUUUCCCACCUUUCCCAUGAACACAUGGAGAGUAUGCAGAAGUUUGACCAGAAGCCCUUUCUUCUUCUUCCAUGCCCUUGAAUAUUUCCCCUUUGCUGACGUACAGUCUCAGGGAAGGCUCUACAGCUCAUGUCCUCCUGGGACACAGGAAUGAAAACUCAGUUUGGAUGCAUGAUGCAAAAUUGCAAAUUUUGGAGCAGCUGCUUUAACAGGUGCCAACUAGCAAAGGUGUGUGUACCUAUAGGAAAAGACUGGGGGUACUGUCAAUGUGUGAGAACAGUCUGAUCCUAGGAAGGAAUUAUGUAUUUGGGAUUGUUGGUUUGAUUUAGGGUUUUUCUUCUCAGCCACAUCUUAAGAGCACCCAUCAACCUGCUCCAGAUGUGCCAAACAUCUGGACACAGCACCCAUGGGUAUUUUGAGUUGCUCUCUGCUGUGCAGAGGAGCAGGAAGAAGCAAGCCAAAAGCUGCCAGCAAGGAAAAUAAGGGCAGACAAAAAGCCAUGUAAUCCUGGCUCAGGGAGACAUGCCGAGCAGCCUGUGUUGGUGCCUGCCAAGGGUCAGCAUGCACCAAGUGAUCAGAAAACACAAGAGGACUAUGGCACAGGGUGUGGACCUUACUGCGAGCCAAACUUGGUACUGAUUUAGGCUCCGUUGCAGAGGCUCUCUGGAAUGGCUGGUUACUCCUCUGUCAAACAGCUCUGUGCACAUUGCCUGCACUCCAGUAUACCAGCUCCUUCUAAAACACUGAACAGCUGGAGCAGCUACCUUUCAUUUUGUGGAGGUAAGUUAGGGAGAGGGGCCUCUCCUGUCCCAGCCUGCUGCUGCUGAGGGAGGCAUGGAAGUUAGCACUAAUUCUCCCUUCCCAGACAGAAGGGAUUUCUUAGCUUCUCAGCAACACAGGAAAAUUCAGUGUUGCUGGAAAGCAUGUUUCUGGGACCUGGGAAAAGGAGACCUGGGAGGAAUCAGGGGACCUUAGAAGAUAGGAAUAUGUAAGGACUUGGAGUCUCUUUCUUCCCCUUCUUCUUUUCCUUUCUUUCUCUCCUUUCCCUGUCCCACAAAAAUGUGCUUUUCCAGCAUCCUUGUGAGACAUGUCAUUUUUCAUACAGUCAUAUAUCUUCUCUUUUCUCUCCUCCUUCACUGUUGCCAUAUACCUUCACUAAUUGAUUUUGACUGGAGAUGCUUCCCAAAUUUGCAUGGAGUAGAAAAGCAUGAGGAAAUAUGCCUGGCCCUUGUUAUCACAGGAAGGAAUGGGGCAACGCAGGGCUGGCCUGGUCUGGGAAGUGUGGGGGGGUGUCCUGUUGCCAAGGGUAGUAAGGCGAGAUAGCAGGAAGCUGUGCGGAAAAUCUCCUCAGCAUCAGCCACCCUGUUCCUCCUUAGGAGCCCUUCCUCUGGGAGCAGCAGCUGUAGGAGAAUGCAGAAGCACAAAGCAGAGAUGGGUGGAUCAAUCUAAAAACCACACAGCUUUAUUUUUUCUUUCAUAGGCAGCACAGGCAGCAAACAGCCUCCUAAAAGCUGCCGCCCAAGGCAGCUGCCCAUUUUUUCUUACGCAGUGAAACAACAUUGCAUUGGCCCUACUCUGUGGAUUGCUGGUUGCGUGGUAGUUUCACCCCACUGCAAUUGUGCUGGCAUUUUAGGAUGUGCCAUAACAUUUCAGUAUUCUUUCAUGUGAGAUUCAUUUAAUCAGUUGGGGGAAAAAAAGUGUACCUCCUCUGUCUUUGGACUCCCCCACUCCCGCUUGAGUUAAACAAGAUACCAGACCCAAUCAAGGAAAGAAUGAAGGAAAAUAAAUCUCUAAAGAAAACACAGGCUUCAAAACAAACUUCAAAACUGCCCAAUUUGAUAAAAAAUGGAAAUAGUCAGAUGGCAGAAGUGGAAAAAUUCUUCUAAUUGUGGAAAGGAGAAAUAAGAAUGGUUUAUUUCCUUGUUAUAUAAACCCCAAAGUCAUAGUGCUGGCAUUGUACCAUGCAAAUCAGCUACCAAAGUCAGGAAGAUCAGCUGCAUGAGUUGGUAGUACCACUAACACCAUCUAUUCUCACUGAAUAUGACCUUUUUAAAAAAAUAAUGCAAGACUCAAACAUCAUAUUAUUUUAAUUACAGUUAACUCUAUUGUUCCUGCAACAUCCAAGGCCACACAAGGAGGGACAUCUUCCAACUACUGCAGGGAGAGAAAAGACAAUUACGGGAAAUUUUGCCAAUGUGAUUCAUGGUUUGAAUGCAAAUCAUUUGACAGACCAAGUAAUUGAGAGAAGCAAGCGAAUGAUUUUGGAUACUCUUGGAGUGGGGCUUCUGGGUACCAGCACUGAGGUCUGCCACAAGGUGACACAGUACAGUAAGAUCUACAGCUCAGAUUUAUCCAGUACCAUCUGGGGCCGCUUGGAUUUCCGACUGCCUCCUCUGUAUGCAGCUUUUGUGAAUGGAGUGGCUGUGCACUCAAUGGAUUUUGAUGACACCUGGCAUCCAGCCACACACCCAUCCGGGGCUGUGCUCCCUGCUGUGAUUGCACUCUCAGAGGCCUUUCCUCAGAAGAAAAAAGUCUCAGGUCUUGAUCUGCUCUUAGCUUUCAAUGUGGGAAUUGAAGUGCAAGGUCGGCUGCUGCGCUUCUCCAGCGAAGCCAGGAAUAUUCCAAAAAGGUUUCACCCACCGACUGUGGUUGGUACAAUGGGGAGUGCAGCAGCUUGUGCUAAACUGCUAGCUCUUGACCAGCUGGGAUGUAAAAAUACCUUGGCCAUUGCUGCCUCCUAUGCAGGUGCCCCACUGGCUAAUGCAGCAACCCAAACAAAGCCCCUUCAUGUUGGCAAUGCUGCCAAGCAUGGACUGGAAGCAGCUUGCUUAGCUUCACAGGGCCUUCAAGGAAACAAACAGAUCUUGGACAUGAAGUCGGGGAUAGGUGCCUUUUAUACAGAUUAUAACCCACAGACUCUGCCAACCUUGCAGUCCUAUCCCUGGCUGUUGGACCAGCAAGAUGUGGCCAUCAAACGCUUUCCUGCUCAUCUUGGAACACACUGGGUGGCUGAUGCAGCAUCUUCUGUUAGGCGGAAGCUUGUGGAGAGCAGUGGCAACUUGCUCCCUCUUGAUAAAAUUGAGAAAGUAAUUCUCAAAGUCCCCGAGGUCAAAUAUGUGAACAGACCCAGCCCAGCCUCAGAACAUGAAGCACGACACUCCUUCCAGUUUGUUGCAUGCUCUGCUUUGCUGGAUGGCAGCGUGUCAGUCCAGUCCUUCACCAACGAGAAUAUUCACCGGCCAUCCCUUCAGGAGCUCCUCCACAAAACAGAGCUGGAGCACCCUCCUGAUAACACACCCAGCUUUGAGAGUCUUUACUGCGAAGUGAGUGUCACACUUCGGGAUGGCAACAUGAUCAGUGACCGCUGCGAUACGUUCUACGGACACUGGAGGAAACCUCUGAAAAAGCAGGACUUGGAGAAAAAGUUUCAAUCCAAUGCCCUCAGCGUCCUGCCCGCAGAAGCCACAGAAGGCAUUAUAGAGACCGUGUACAACCUGGAAAAAGUAGAGGACUGUUCUGUGUUAGCUACCUUUCUAUCAGGACAGUCAGCUAGAGAGCUUUCACAGAAGCUGCGCUUUUGAAUGUUCCAGCUGACAGCUAGAUGCUGUUCACAAAGCAAACACAAAAUUCAGGGCAAACUCUUGUUUAGUGACUCAAGCACUUUUAAAUAAGACUCCUCUAACACAAGAACCAUGUUCAGUCCAGUAUCAUAGCUUUUCACUAAGUAAAUAAUUUACUGCGUAUGUGCAGAGCUCAGUCAGGCUGAACAGAAGAUCCUCUGCUGGCACAGCUGACUUCAGCUAUCUUUGUUCCUCUAGAGGCAGAGCACUCACUGCUUGUGCACGACACAAAAAUUUCCCUGCUCUUCUGCCAAAAAUCUGUGUUCUGCUUCUCCUAAAUAACUACAUACAGGAAAUCCAAAUUCUGGAGGAGUAUGGAAAUGCUGUGUCUGUGAAAAUCAUCACUGUUAGAAGGACAGGGAAUAAUAAAGCCUUUAUAUAUAUAAUUUAUUUCUGUAGAUUUAUCUCUACAGCCUCCUUGAAGAGGCCACCUGUUACAGCUGAGCUUUGACAUUUGUGCUAAAAUAAGCACAGCACAGAAUAGUAGCACUUGAUACUCUGCAACACGUCAGGCUCUGCUGUAAUGACUGGCCUUGCACUGAUGGGCUAAAGGCCAGUGCUCGUCCUGAUCACACCAGCUGCCGAGCUACAGGGACAACUCAACACUCCUCGUCAUAAAAGCGUUAUUUCCCAGUUCCAUCUUUUGGCUGCUCUGUGGUACAGACCUGUUCCUGUUUUAUUCCCACUCCAGUUACAAGGUACUUGCUCAACAUGACACGAUUAGCACAUGGUGACAGUUUAGAUUCCUUCAGGCAUGGCAAAGCUUAGGCUACAGUACACUUGGUAUGAGUGACAGAGACCUGUGAGCUUCAGAACACUUCUUUUGCGAGGCAAUUAAGUGUCCACAGCAAAAAUCAAUACCCCUUGAUAAUGAGUUCUGGGAAUUUUUUUUUCCUUCAGGAGUAUAAAGCCUUGACAGAUUGUGCCUCUAAGAGAAGCUGACAACCUUUGUUCACAUUUGUAAGAUCAAAGCAUGUGUUCUAACAUAUAUAAAAUCUUCCUCAGGGUACUAAACUAUGUAUGCAAAAAAAUCAUGAAAUAAAGCUAAUUCAUUUUACUAAUUAAA